AGCCUACCGUUCUGGUCGAGCGUCGCUUUCAACAAUCUUGUGUUCAUCAACCCCGGGCAUACACAUCAGGAACUUUCCACACUGGACGAUACAUCAGCGAUCAUACUGCCCGCCACUUUGUAGCCGCAUGGCAUAGAGCCCAAUCGCGGAAUAUCGCGUUGCAAUUGCGUGUGAAUCGCCGGAUCCACCGAUCCACAAUCACAUCCGGUUUAGUGUCUAGCGAAAAAGGUGAUCCAGGCCGGCCCGGUACGGAUGAAAAAUGACGCACGUUCGUCACCCGAAUCUCUAUAGGUAGGGCCGUGAAACAAUUGACCAUAUUAUCAAAUUGCGUGCAGCUCUCUGGUGAUGAAUAAUGCCGGUUAUUGAGGCGAUGCAGGGCAGAUUCUACGCACCCGAUAAGUGCGGCGGCAAGUGAUCGAUACGCGGUAAGCUGCCGAGGUCGGGAUUCAUUUUGGAUGCAAACGAUGAACGAUUCACCCCAUCGUCGGGGAAACUAAUUAACAGCUGCUGACGGAGGCUGGAGUGUUGAGAAUUUGUUAGUCGAUUAGCAUUUGGUGCACUUAAAUAGGCUGCACCUGCUGUUAGACGAGGUCAGUCUGUAUUUGACGAUCGACGGUUGUUGGCGAAAGUUGGAGUACAAACUCUGGUGUCAAUUUCAGUGAAAAGAGUGAUUCAAAAGAAUCUGGUUUGAGUGUUAAGAUUUUUUAGGGAAAAAAUUAGCAAAAAGGCGUGAAGAUGAAUUCAAAACAAGUAGUUUUGUGUCUUGGACUGUUCCUUGCCGUGGUGGGACUGACUAGUGUUCAAGGAGCAGCUAUUCGUGAAAAAAGGCAACUGAACUCUCUGUUAACGCUGAGUGGAGAGUCCAAUGCUAGAAUUGAGAACGGAACAAUUUAUUGCGACACGUUAAAAUGCCCUCCGGAGUCGUUCAAAUGCAUCAUCGUCAAGAACAACACCCGCGAGAACUUGAACCAGAUCGAAGUUACGCGUGAAUGUUUGGAUCCGGCCGGUAAAGCCACGGCCAAGACGAUCGAACGUGAAGUGAACCAAUUCCCCGGAUCGCACUUCGAGAGCUACGCGGAGAUCGAUAAAAACGGAAACAUCGCUUCAUUCGAUAACCGAGGAAAUUCGUACAACCAUUCGGGUAGUGGCGACCUGCACUCGUACCUGUACAAGCAGAUCGACGAGCUGCACAAGCAAAUCCUGGACCAGCUGCAGGGGGCAUCGUCGUCCUCCUACCGGAUCCCUUAAGAGGCAAACGACUUUGUAAGCACAAUCUUACGGAUGUAAUACUUGGAUUUAUUUAUGAUUGAAAUCAAGGCCACCGAGGGUUAUUAAAUGUCACUUACGUCGCCUACCGGUUGAUUACACUAUUUAUGACCAGUCGGACACAGGCUAAUGUGCAAGUGAUAGAUGAAUAAAUCAUGUGUUGCGUCCGUUUUUUUGUGCCUCAGUUUAAAUCUAGAUAGGUUGUAAUUUGACGUGAGAGCUAAAUUCUGAUUUUAGUAAGAAUUAUUCAAUUGCAUAUCAAACAAAACGAAGGAGAGCAGAGCGUGGGAACUUUUCACACGCCACCGCAUCGCGAUAGAUAGCGAUCGUGGUCGGGCCGGCGGUGGGAAUUCCUGAAUGGAUGCCACAAUAGCAGAUGAGUGAUGUGUUGAUAGGUUCGUCAAAAUUGUUGAUUGACGAACGAGUGGUGAUCUUUUUUGUUGUAAUUGGAUCGUUUCGCAAUAGCAGUUUAGUUGCUCUCGAAUCACGUGGAUCGGUUAUUGUAAAAUUAAAGAAUGUGAUAUGUAGAUAAAUAAAACUGUUAUUACUCGAACGUGUA